AUGCCCUCACAAAUACUCACUCGCGCCGAGGUGGCCAAGCACAACACCGAGGAUUCCCUCUGGUGCAUUAUCGACCACAACGUCUAUGACCUCACUGACUUUGUUGAUGCCCACCCUGGCGGCGCCGUCGUGCUCGCUCAGGUUGCCGGUCAAGAUGCCACGACUGAGUUUUACAACUUGCAUCGCCAGGAGGUGUUAGAAAAAUAUCACGAUCAAUUGUACAUUGGCACCAUUGAGGGUGAAAAGCCCGAGGUUAUCCGACCCGUGCCUGGCGCCCUGAGCCCCGUUCCUUAUGCGGAACCCCUUUGGUUGCGCCCGCAUUUUAAGAGUCCCUACUUCAAGGAGAGCCAUCGCCGACUGCAAAAGGCUGUUCGCGAAUUCACAGAUCGCUAUGUGACCCCCGAGGCGCAGGAGAAAGAGCGUGAUGGGACCUAUAUCAGUCAGGAACUGAUUGACCGUAUGGCGGAAACGAAUAUUUUGGCUAUGCGCCUCGGCCCCGGCAAGCAUUUGCAUGGCCGCCAGCUGUUGGGUGGCGCCGUGGAUGGCAAGGAAUUUGACUAUCUCCACGACAUGAUUGUGACGCAAGAAUUGGUUCGUGCGAAUGCACGAGGCUUCCAAGAUGGCAACAUGGCUGGCAUGGCUAUCAGUCUCACUGCGGUGCAGCAGUGGCUGAAUGAUCCCGUUCUCAAGGAGCGGGUUACUGGCGAAGUCCUAUCUGGACAGAAGAAGAUGUGUUUGGCCAUCACCGAAGCCUUUGCGGGCAGUGAUGUUGCGGGCUUGAAGACCACCGCCGAGAAAACCCCGGAUGGCAAGUACUACAUUGUGAACGGCACCAAGAAGUGGAUCACCAACGGCAUGUUUGCCGACUACUUCGUAACCGGCUGCCGUACUGAGAAGGGCUUCUCUGUGUUGUUGAUUCCGCGCGGCGAGGGUGUCGAGACCAAGCAGAUCAAGACCUCAUACUCGACUGCCGCUGCCACUGCAUUCGUGCAAUUUGAGAAUGUGAAGGUGCCCGUUCAGAACCUCCUAGGCCAGGAGCACAAGGGCUUCAUUGUCAUUAUGAGCAACUUCAACCACGAGCGCUUCAUGAUGGUUGCUGCUGUGGUCCGCAUGUCGAUGACCAUUGUGGAAGAGUGUUUGAAGUGGUGCAACCAGCGUAUCGUCUUCGGCAAGAAUCUAGUUGCCCAGCCGGCCAUUCGUCAAAAACUCGCUCGCAUGAUCUCGCUCACCGAAUCCAAUCAAGCCUGGCUUGAGUCCAUCGCCUAUCAGAUGUGCAACAUGAGCUACGCCGAGCAGUCUAUCCAUCUGGGCGGUCCCAUCGGCCUGCUCAAGUCGCAUGCCACCAAAUCCGCCGGCGAAAUUGCUAGCAUGGCUACCAACAUCUUUGGAGGUCGUGGUAUCACCCAGAGCGGCAUGGGCAAGGUUGUAGAAAUGUUCCACCGCACGUACAAGUUCGAUGCUAUCCUUGGCGGAACCGAGGAGAUUCUUGCGGAUCUAGGCGUGCGACAGGCGAUGAAGAAGUUCCCCAAAUCUAUGCUGUAA